AUCAUUUUCACAAUUGAGAAGGACUUCCGGAUGGGAGCCGAAACGUCUUGAUUCUGAAAACAGUGUCCAGAUGAAUACGACUGAAACCUUUUCUACGACAUAAACAUGUAUGCAUACCAACAAGAUACCAACAGAUAAUACUAAGAAGAGAAAAUAAUAACUAACUAACUAAAUAUCACAAAAACGAUUACAUUGGAGUUUCCAUCGCAUAAUAUUUAUGUGAAAAAUUAUUUGUAUGAGCAAUUCCGACACUUUCGAGGAGCACCUAAAGCAGCACGUCCAAUACCUUCUCCUGUGUGGGAUGAAUGGUGCGUUCAGGUACGCCCCUAUCUCCCUCUGAGCCAAUGGGAUCCUUCCUGGGAACACGCGUUUCUACGACACGCUACUGCUGCGAACUUAGUCCCAGUUUCUUAUCUGUCAUUUGCACUGAAUAAAGUGAGAGGGAAUGGCUAUCCGUGUAUUAGAAAUAAUAUUUUUCUUAUAUUUUGCUUCUCACAUUCCUAUCACAUUAUUUAUUGACUUACAAGCUCUGCUACCUGGACGUGUGUAUCCUCAGCCGCUGAAAGACCUUCUGAAGUGGUAUGCAGAGGAGUUCAAAGACCCGCUGGUGCUGGAUCCUCCAGAGUGGUUCAAGGCUUUUAUUUUCUGCGAGGCUUUGUUCCAAACGCCUUUCUUCCCCGUUGCAGCGUAUGCUUUCCUAAAAGGUGGCUGCAAGUGGAUCAGGACUCCUGCCAUCAUCUAUUCCACACAUGUGGCCACCACGCUGGUCCCGAUCCUGGCUCACAUCCUCUUCUAUCAGUUCCCUGUGAAACCCCACCCUGGUCCGCAGACCCUGCAGGGGCGCUGGCUGCUGGUCUCCAUAUAUGCCCCAUACCUGCUGGUGCCUGUGCUGCUGCUCCUCACCAUGCUGCUGUCCUCCACAUACAACUCCACCUCCAAGUCUGGACACAUGUCAGCCAAAGCCAAGAAGAAGAAGUGACUCACUACCAGGCUCCAGCUGUCUAACUGACUCUGAUUUCAGGAGAUAUUUAUCUACAUUUCUGAAUGUAGCAUUUGUAUGUGAUACUGUACACAUAUCUGAGAGGCUGUGUGGGUCACACUGCAUAACACUAUUAGAAGGACAUUGCCAUUGCUGAACCGGAAUGAGCACUUUUAAUGUUACUCUUUAAAAGUAAACACUUGUUUGUUGAACAUGUUUUGUGCUUUUAUCAGUACCGCAGUGACAGCAGGAGCAGGAGAUGAGGAGAGAGACGGGGUAAUGACAUGCUUUCCCCGAUGGACUCGAACCAGGGCUAGAAUGGUUUACAUUUGUCUGUAUAGCUUAACUACAUAAAAACUUGCUCUACAGUAGGCUGAGUGCUGUUUUGUGACCGUUUAAAAAAAAAAAGUUAAAUAAAACAAAUAGAGAAAUACAGAAAUGCAUAUUGCAUCACUGCA